AUGCCCCUCCACCGGCGCUGGCACCAGCUGCUCGGCGCCGAGACAGCGCUCACGUCGAUCGUCGCCUGUCUGUCGCCCCGCGAAGCCGUCUGCCUCGUCGUGUACGCGCUGGACGCAGAGCACGCGCCGCUCGUCACGUUCCUCUACGCCCACGCGCAAGUGCUGUCGUUGGGCGACGCGUAUCAGCAAUUUACGAGCGUGUUGCACUGCGCAGCGGCCUACGGCUGUGCCCAUGUGGUGCAGCGGCUCUUGCGCUUUCGCACGAGCUAUCGCGGGCGCGUCACGCGUGGGAACUGCGGUCCCGAGCAGCUUUUCAAGCGCGUCGAGCGGUCACGUGGGGGCCAAUUGGACACGAACGUGGAGCUCUGCAAUACGGUACUGCGCUGGUGCGUCCGGAACAGCGCGUACGAGUUCCCGGCCGAAGUCAUGUACGAAGCCGCGCGACAGGGCGCGCUCGACGUGGUCCAGUGGCUGCACUGCUGCAGUCGGUACGAGAGGUACCGCGCGAUGGAGUACGCGGGCUCAGCAGGGAAACUGGAGGUCGUCAUGUGGCUCUAUGAACAGGCACAGAGUGGGCAAACGCGGCCCAAGAGAAGAAGAAGAAGAGGAGAUGAAGAAGAAGAAGAAGAGGAGGAGGAAGAGGAGGUGGUGGAGGAGGAGGAGGAGGAAGAGGGGGAAGUGACGGUGCAUAUGGUGCAGCCACUGGAGAUGGAGCUGCAGGUGGUGAACUGGAUUGCCGUGUUUCCGCAGCAGAGGUGUUACCGAGAAGUGUUUGCGUCGAGAGCUGGGCUCUUGGCCGACGUGUUUGACCAGCGCGACCCUCUGUUGUCGUGGACGGACGCUGCUGCUCGGUCGACGGCGCUCGGUCGAAAGCGGUACCGAGCGCUGGAUACAGCGGCGGCACAAGGGGAUCUUCACAUGGUGAAGAAGUUGCAUGACGAUGGGCGAUGGCCCUGUACGAGUCGGGCGAUGGAUAUGGCUGCAGCGAAUGGCCACUUGGAUGUGGUCAAGUUCUUGCAUGCGAACCGACGGGAAGGCGGGACAGCGGUUGGCAUGUGCAGCGCUGCAGGCAAUGGCCAUUUGGAAGUCGUGCAGUGGUUGUAUCAACAUCGAAGCAGCGACGGAUGCCGCUCGAUGGUGCUGGAUCUAGCAGCUACGAAUGGGCAUUUGGAGGUGCUGCGAUGGUUAGCCCCUCGUUUUCCGCGGUUCUCGUGCUCGCCUGCAUUUCUAUCGAGUGUAGCAGCGCAGGGCAAGAUCAAGACGCUGCAGUAUCUUCACAGCGAGAUGAAGAUGCCACUAGACCAGCGCACACUUGAAGCCGCUAUUGGCUCGGGUCAUGUUGAGCUCGUCAAGUACAUUGCAGAUCGCGUUCCAGUCGAGAUCAAGCAGACUUUGUCUUGCGCCGCUGCUGAGAAGGCAGCUGCAAGUGGUAACCUUGGCCUGUUGGCGUAUGUUGUCGAGCAGCUUAACGUAUGGUCACCGCACGUGCUGAUUGCUGCCGCGCCUACAGGUAAUGUGGAAAUGGCAGAAUGGAUCAAGAAGCGAGUCGACAGGUAUCCUGCCGGACCGGAGGAGAUAGUUUUGGUGCGAGAGCGGCGAUGCCGUGCUGUAACAAUCAACGCCAUUGACGCGAUGCUCCCGAAACUGUCACUGACGCCAAUUGAGCGACGACUGUCGUGUGAUAACUACACGUCCACUGAAUGUGCGCGGCAACUCGAUGUCGUAGAUGGCAUCACGCUGUAUCGUUGUGCGGUGCUCCGUCACUUUGACAUGAUUGAGUGGUUGCUGAAGCACAAGCUGGCAGCUCCGAGCUUUGCCCAUUUGGUGAAAGAGCGCGAGCUCGUGUCGCGUUCUGUGGCUGGUCGAAGCAUGACUGACGAGGAUCUACUUGCUGCAGUUUCUUCUUCCAGUGGUAGCAGUGGCGAGUCCAGCGCUGGGUCCUCAGACUCUGUCCCCGUUACCGCUGCAUCUGUCGCGCCAAGUGCGACGACAAGUGGCAGUGAAGUCGGACCUGUUGCAAAUGGAGUUCCAAGCCGUUUGGUCAGUGUCCGAGCACUUGCUGAUGACCGGCGAUCCAGAUUCGAUCCGUUUGCAUGGGCGUUGCCAGCCAAGACAAGUCCGUACUGGCAAACUGAGUUUGUGCGCCUUGUGUUACGGUAUUGUCCCGAGUUGUCACUAAACCUCGAGUGGAUGCCGCUGUGGGCAGCCCAGCGUGGAGACCUCACGGUGCUGGAACUGCUUUAUUCGGUAAAACACCCGCAGUUGUUUACCGUGCAGACGUUCACUGCGAUCAUGCGGUACACCAAAGCGGGGCAUACGCUCCAAUGGUUUCAAACACACAGUCCGACUCUCAUGGGCGACUCGUCGAUUGUGGAAUGGGGCGUGAAGUAUCGGCAGUUUGUCUACCUCACGUACGUGUUUCUUACUUUCCAGCCCAAACGAACUGAAGAGCGAUUCCGUCAACACGGAGUCGAGUAUGCUCUCCACGUAGCAAGUGCAAUGGGUCACCUCGACGUCGUGACAUGGAUUUGUGGAAACUGCGAGAUAUUCUUGAACGUACCAGCAGCAGAGCUUCAUGCAAAGCUAGGAAGACUCACGAUGUGGAACGACGCUCUACUAGCUGCUGCACGGUCUGGGCAGAUCGGGGUUCUAGCAUGGCUGCACGAGAAGUUUCCGUUUUUCCGAAAUGUGCCUGGCAGUGCUCACAAGAUGGCUGUCGUGAAGGCCAUGGCUGAUGCCGCUGCUGGACACGGCCAAUUGCGUGUGCUGCGUUGGCUUCAAGCAAACGUCGGUCGUCAAAUGGUCUCUCUCACAAAGCAGAGCGCGACACGCAGUGACAAUCCGACCUCGACAGAUCGAUCGACACGAGUGGACACGAGCUUCGUGUCGACUGAUGGACUGCUCGAGGCAAUGGUAAACCGUCACGUUGAUGUGGUGCAAUGGGUUUGUGCCGUCGACAUUGAUUUAGUUGGUCGGCAAACUGUGAAACGACGUGGAGAGCUCGCGGCAUUUUUGCGCGAGGAGGUGGACGGGUUCGUGCCGUCCAAGUUGGGAUGUGUCUUCCCGCCACUGUGA